AUGGCGCCAAGUACGCUCAUGUCAACAAAAGCAAUGAACCAACUGCUUCAAAACAACUUAGGGGGCCGCCCAUCCAUUGCGCUGCAGCAACAAGGCUCGCCAGAGCCAUACGCAUCGGAAGUUGAAUCGGAUCUCGAUGAGGAUGAGGACAGUUUGAAAAUCUUGGCAGCUUUGGUCGCGGUUCCCCCGGAGUCCUCGGCAUCUCGCACCUCCUCAGCCUCGGGGCUUUCGAACUCCCGCGAGAACCGUUCGAGCGACUCCGACGAGGAUUCGGCAGACGAGGGUUACUACGGAAUCAACGACGACGAUUCAGACGAAAAAUCAAUUGACAACAUCGUCUCGGCACUACUCCUGGCUCGUAACGACAAGAAGAUCCUCGACCGGCACACGUAUGAGCCCUCUCGGCAGGACAAAGGGUUAUCGAACACGACGCGCGAGGCAAUUCUCUCAAACAUGACCCUCACGACUGCAGAGCACAACGAGCUCCGUCUCAGGCCGCUCAUUCUCAAUUGUCGCAAGCCGAAGUCCGAACAAUGGGAAGUUGUACGCAAACUUUCUGUCCUGGAGCUCCCAAAAUUCAUGGCUACAGAGGUAUGUCGAAGCUGCGUGCUGCGCUGCGUUUUGUUUCGUCCUGUGACAGUGGACCUAACCUUUAUUGGUGCGAUCUAUCAACAGAAGCAUGACUGGGCUCCACGCAAAUAUGAACGCUGUCUCGCUGUCGUCGAGCGACCUUACGGUGACGCGCUCUUGUCUACUCAUCAUCAACAUCCGUCGGAGGUGGCCGUGGGGAUCGAAGGGCGUCCAGAAGUGUCUAUCACCCUUCGAGAAGCCUGGAGUCAACCUGGUGAAGGUCGACCUGCCGCGCAGGUUCUACGAAUUCCCCAUCGUUGCUCGGGGGCCUGCAAAAGAGUUCGGAGAAAGGAUGGCGAACUUGGGUACAAGAAACGAGACAAUGACAAGGACCCCGGGAAAACAUGCUCUACUCAACUCAAGGUGAUCAUCCCGGAUAUGAAAUCAAAGGAUCUUGGUUUGGGUGGCUGACAAGUCUCUCUGUUUCCUUCCUCCUUCGUCCCUUGUGCAGAUCCUCGUUCAGGCCAACGAGAUUUCAUCGGCGUUGGUGUACACCCUCGGCAUUCACGAACGACGCCAACCCCGGCCGAACGUCCGACGUCGAGCCCCUUUCAUUCGUGUGUUGGCGCCUCAGGAAGUCUUUCGGCAGGCCAACACGCCCACGCUCGAUGAAACGUGCACGCCGGCAAAAUCUGCUUAUCCAACGAUCUCAAUCAUCGACACUUUCAUGGCUGCACUAUUUAGCGGCAUGCACUCGACCAAAUCGCCAACCCAAGCCGUCGUGAAUGGUCUUUUCCCGGCACCACCACCCCGGCCUGCAAUCGCGCCAAUCCAUCCUAAUUCUUCUCCCGAUCGAGUUCCCCUUCCCCCGGUCGCUAAUCCACGUGGGCGUACUCGAGCUAUGGCUGAGUUGUCCUAUAGAACCAGAUCCCCCGCUCGAGGCGCUUGCUUUCAUGUUCGAGGGCACCCACUCGUCGCUCCCGCCCUCCAUGGCAUCUUCAUCAUCCUCCGUUGA